CAGUGUGUGAGCACUUUUUGGCUAAAUGAUUAUUAUUUUAUUUUACUUUUUUUAAUUUGUUAUUUGAUUUGUAAAUGUCAAAACUGCUUUAAAGCUCGAGACGCGCACCUGCUGAGUGAUGAAGACUUCACACAGGCUAAACCCAUCUAUGGAGGAUGGCUGCUCUUGGCACCCGAGGGAACAAACUUUGACAAUCCUCUCCACCGAUCACGGGCCAGCACUCUUCCACAGGGCACUAUAAACCUGAAUCAGUGUGUGGAUGUUGUGGAUGGUGAAAGUCGCUCGGGACAGAAGUAUUCACUGUGUAUCUGCACACCAGAGAAAGAUCAUUACAUACGUGCUGAGAACAAAGAGGUCAUACAUGGGUGGCAGGAAGCGCUUAUGGUGUUUCCUCGAACCAACAAACAAAACCAGAAGAAGAAACGUAAAGUAGAAACGCCCUCUCCACAGGAACCAGGUCCUGCGAAGGUUACAGUCACCAGCACCAGCAGCAGUAUGGUGUGUCUGCCCAGCACUAUAGCAAAUGCUGAGCGUGUGCCGUCCACCCGCGCCUCUCUGUGGCAGGAAGAAACAUGGAGUCGAGCCACGAUACCGACAAGCUGCAGUACCGGCAGUCUGAGCCAACUUUCAGAGGACUCUGUGAACUUGGGUGUUGGUCGUAAGCCACGGGUGGAGAGCGGAUAUUUUUCUCUAGAGAAAAACAAACCAGAAGAUGAGGAAGAACAACAUCAACGACAGCAAGAACUGUCCUCUUUCCCCACCUCUCGCUCCAGGUAUCUCUCAUUUUAUCCAGAAGUCUUCAGUUCUCCAGACAACUCUUCACAGGCCACACACACGUCACAUGACACCCACACGUCACGUGACACGCACGCUCUCAGUGAUGCGUGUGUUCCUCCGAACGCUAACAAACACAGCAUGCAAAGACCGAACAGAUCAGACAAGCAUCAUUCAUCUGACGCACACACUUCUGUGGACAGCCCAUCACUGGAUUUCCAACCCUCGUCAAACACGAAACACUGUACCUCGAGACCUGACACAAACACACACACGUGCCACACAAACAUCCUCCCAUCAUCACUGUCCUCAUCCCAGAGUUCUUUAGACUCUGAGCAGAACACGCAACACAGCGCUCCGGCCGGAGCACUGGGCAGGGCGGGCCGAGGCGGGCAGGGUUACGCCGCCCUGGCGGACGUGCCCCGUGCGAAACGACUCAAUCAUCGGGAAGCGUUCCGAUCCAGUCAGAGACGCCAGGAGGUGCGAGCGCGCACGAGGAGCCCGGGCAGAGAGGAAGUCGAGCGACUGUUUGGACUGGAACGAAGACGUUCUCAAGUCAUCGAGAGGUUUGAGUGUCACGACACUGUUGACACUCCAGAGGAAAUGGACACGGCCAAUUCUACGACAGACCCCCCCCCUUCCUACUCCUCAACAGCCAAUCAGAGAGCAGGGCGCAAUGAGCGCCGCCUCUCUAACCAGAAACAGGAGUUUUCAUUGGAUUCUGGUAAAGGGCGAACGGACACCAUUUCAUCGCAUGCUGGAUACCGAAGGGCUAAAAGUCUGGACCGCAGAGCCACCGAGACGCUCAUGACUCCUGACCUGCUGAACUUUAAGAAAGGAUGGAUGACCAAACUGUACGAAGAUGGAUUGUGGAAGAAACACUGGUUUGUCCUGACGGAUCAGAGCUUGAGGUUCUACAGAGACUCGAUCGCCGAGGAGGCUGCUGAUGUGGAUGGAGAAAUUGAUCUGUCCAUGUGUUACGACGUGACGGAAUUUCCAGUCCAAAGGAACUAUGGCUUUCAGAUCCUUAGUAAGGAGGGAGCGUUCACACUGUCUGCAAUGACCUCUGGGAUACGUCGUAACUGGAUUCAGGCCAUUUUGAAGAACAUGCGGCCCACCAUCGCUCCUGAUGUCACGCGGAAAAACGUGUCUCUGAAACUUUCAGUUCUUAUGCCCAGUUCUCUUCCAGAGGAGCGCAGCAGAUCAAAUGUGGAAGAAAACUUUAUCCACCCCCCUCCUAACUCUUCACAACCCAAUAGCUCUGCAGUCGAAACCAAAAAGUCACGUAAUGACAUCACAGACUCUGCUCCUCCCACCGAUCAGCGCAAGAAACCCAAGAGAGAAGGACGAUCUAAAACCAUCGACUGGGCGGAGUUUCGGCCGGGACAGGACAAUGAGAGCGAUCAACCCUUAAGAAAGAGAGCAGAUACUUUAGUAAUCAACUCCACAUCUUCUCCAUCCUCAGUCUCCUCCUCUCCCAUCUCCAUCACCUCCACUAAUCAUACCAACAAGCCGUCACAGCGAGACAACGAAGAAGUAGUCAGGGAGUAUGUGUGUCAAGAGUGCCCACAUCAGACCGGUACAGUCAAUGCAAGCACAGCGUCAGAGCCCCCUUCAAAAAUCCCCCACAAGGUUUCUCAGGAACAGGCGAGGAUGGAGAUGGACCAACCCAGAGACACGCAGGAGGUCGAUAGUCAUCGGACGGACUGCAGGAACACAGUCGUUCAGGUGGAGAUUGAACAGAGGUGGCAUCAGGUGGAAACCACUCCCCUUAGAGAGGAAAAGCAGGUGCCAAUCACUGGAAACUCCACCAGUAACACCUCAAACGCUCCUGUUGGAGAGAGACACCAGCCACAAGAGAUGACCAACGUACUGGAAAAAGAGUUGGGUCAGGCGCAAAGAGAGCUGGCCAUACUUCAGCAACAAAACAGCAUCUUACAGGAACAACUUCAAGAUUCCCGCAAGAGAGAGCAGAACGGCCGGGAGGGAUAUAUACUACAGAGCGACACAACCACUGCAAAGCCUCCGUCUGAUGCAGCCUUGCAAUCUGUUCACCGAGCACCGUGGCAACGCCUCAACAGGCUAAACAAAGACUUAAAGACCGAGCUAGAUUCCCAGCGCUGCAGACACGACAAGGCCAACCAACAAGUUCACAGCUUGAGGCGUAGCUACAGCGAAGCGCAAGAUAUCAUCGGCCACCACGAGGUGGAAAUAGAGGCCUUACAGGAGAAGCUCACGAUGGCCAUGGAGGAGAUAGUAGCCAGCGAGCAGGCUGUUGCACGUAUGCGCAGCGAGCUGAAAAUAGAGCGACUCCGCUGUCAUGAGAGAGAGGAGGAAUGGAUCAGAAAUGAGGCGGCCCUGUGCAUGCAGCUGAGAGAGAGCGAGGAGCGUCUGCGGCAGGUGGAAGCCAGUCUGCUGGAGAAGAACCAGGAGCUCAGACAGAUGGAACAGCAGCAAGCUUUGCAGAGAGAUCAGCAUCGUGAGGUGGAGAGACUUCAGGAGAGACUCACGGAGGCCACCGGACAUCUGAUUUCCAUGGAGGAGGAGCAGACUCUCCGUGAAGAGCGGGAGAGGAAAGAGCAGAGAUGCCAGGAGGAGAAACAUGAGCGGGAGCGGCAGGGGUUAACUCGGAGGUUGGCGGAAUCUGAAGAGAGGAGGCAUGAGAUGGAGGAGCAGCUGCAGGAGAUGCAGGAACAGGUGGAGGCACUGCUGAGAGCGGGCGGUGGAAUGGAAAGCAGCAUAGUACUUCGAGACGAAGUGCAGCGUCUUCAGCAGGAGCUGGAGGCGCAGAGCGAUAUUGUGGAAAUACUGCGGGAGAGCGUGAGGAGGUUGGAGGAGGAACGUGACCAACUGACAUGUCGCUGUCAGGAGCUCCUCAAUCAGAUCUCUGAGGCAGACAAGGAGGUGGGAAAACAACAGGCACGUUUAACAACCGUGGAUAUGGACUAUCGCUCCCUGGAGAGCUCGUACGAGCGUGUGUCUGAGGAGUUUUCUAGAAUAAGUCAAGUGCUGAGGGAGAAGGAGGAAGAGGUAAAGUGGACGAAAGAGAUGUACGAACAGCUGAUCAGACAGAAAGAGGAAUACUUGAGCGAGGCUCUCGUGAAGAUGGCUGCCCUCGGCAGCAGCCUAGAAGAAACAGAACUUUGUCUGCAGCAAAAAGCAGAACUUCUUUCUAAGAUGGAGCGUGAUUAUCCAGAAUUGGUGGAGUCUCGCAGAGCAGAACGAGAGCUGCAGGCCAAACUCGUGUGUGCAGAAGAUCGCAUUGCUGAACUGGAAGAACACCUCAACGCACUUCGACUCGGAUACGCUGAUCUCAGUAUGCGCCGCUGUCGAUCGCAGGAAGACAUGUUGGAUGGGUUGAAAGAGGUGCAGCAUGAUGUCUCAUCCUCAAGUCCUUCCGAACUUCAGCUCACAAGAAGCAGGUCAGAGACGGAGAUGUCUAUAGUGAAGAGGCAGAGGAUUCGCUUCUCCACCAUCCAGUGCCAAUCAUACCACCGGGCUCAGACAGAAAACACAUCAAGUCUGGAUCACAUUCUUGACAGUGUCGUCAGUGAUCGAUCAUUCCAGCGAGAUUCAGAGAAGUUCGUCUCCAUCAUACAUAACCUAGAAACUAAGCUGUUAGCCACGGAAGAGAAGCUGAGACACCUCACCGAGAAGAUCCGUGAUCAUCCCGAUCCUUCAGACGUGAGCACCGGAGCUAUGGAGGACUGUACGACUAAAACUUGUGAUGAGCUACCGAUGGAUGAACCCAGCGAGAAGAUCCUCAAGACUGAACUCUUAAGUGAUGAAUAUGAGAAAGCCUUGGUAUUGGUGGAGUCCUGCACAGAAAGAGUCAGAGAAAUUCUGAGCGGUAACAGCGAGACCAGCACAUCUGAAUCUCUCAUGUGUACUCUUGCAGAAGUAGAGAAAUGUUUGGUUUGUGCCGCCGUGCACUUGAGGCAGGGCGGCAUGAAGUAUGAGCCACAUCAGACCUCUGAGGGAACAGAUAUGUUGCCUGAAUCUUUAAAGCAAAGUGUGAAACGGUUUGCUGAAACAUUAACCUUUGAAGCUGAAGUUCUUGAGAGGAUGUGCUUCUCUCUGCACGAUCUUAACUCUGAUACGAUGUCAGCCCUGAACUCCAUUCACAAAGAUGUUGAAAACAUCAAGAAGAGCAGUGAAGGCUGUCUUUAUGUAGUUUAUGCUGAUAUACUCACACGAAAACUUCUCCUGGACACAACAUUCCUCGCCGAGGUGGAAAAUCUGGAGACGGAUGCAGGUAGCUCUUUCUCACAGGAUGUCAUCAAGAAUGCCUGCAUUAGUGCUGAGCUUGCUUAUUCACUUCAGAAUUUAACCGGGAGUUUCCAGGGGAAGGUCGAUGAGCUUCAGAGAGACUUGGCCAAAGUGAACAUGACUGUAAAGCAAAGGGGUGAAGGUCGGCUCGCUGAUGUCACACCUCCUGAACUUGCCCCCCAUAUGGAGCAGAUUGAGAGAGAGGAAGCUCGGAGCCUAGCGACGGAGAUCGUACAAAGACACUUCUCAGACGGUCUUCCGUUCCACAGCACUGACUCGGACUCGCAUCUACAAACCGUCUGGGAAAAUCUUACCGCCGAACUCAAGAAGCAAGUGGAAGCCCUGCGUAGUCUCUCCGGUGAGAUUGACCGGAUCUGUGAGGAAGGAGAAACCAGUUUACUUUCAGCACUUGCAAAUGCUUUUAAAAUGAGUUCAUGGCGUGGUGACUCUGUGUGCAUACAGGAAGCGCUGAUGCAAGCUCAGGUUGCUUAUGUGGCCUGCAGGUUGCGAGCCGGUCAUAAGAGAGAACUUUCACUAUGCCAAGAGACCGGUCGCAGUAUGGCGGCGCUGGUCCAGGAACACGCUGAGAGCGUCGCAGCCAUCCAGCGGCACUACCAGAGCUGUUUAGAGAAGGAACAUAUGGGCUUCACGGGCACCAUCAGCUCCUUACAGGAGGAAAAUGACAUGUUACGAGGAGAGCUGUCUUAUAAACUCAGAGAGCUACAAGAGCAACGGCAGAACCUGAGUCAGUUAGAAGAGGCAUUUCACAGAGAGAAAGAGGAGCUAAAGAGCCGGCACUCAGAAGAGAUGGGACGGGCACAAGAGGAGCAGAUCAAUAGAGAGCUGGAGCUGAUGGAACGGGCCGCCAACAGCCAACAACACCUUGAGAUGCUUCUGCUGGAAAUGGAAGACGCUGAGAUGAGACACAAAGUGCAGAUUGCUAAACUUGAGCAGGAAUUUCAGGUGAAGGUCCGAGAGCUAGAAGAAGCCAACAGAGAGGAGCUUCACAAACUCAAGGAGUGCUACGACCAGACCAUCUGCUCGCUGGAGGAGAGGAACAAGAGAGAGGAGGAGAGAGACGAGGCUACGGUGUUUCCGAUGGAUGAAGGAGGUGGAUCUGAAUCUCUGCUGAGGGUUCAAGAGCUGGAGAUGCAGUUGACCGUCAUGAGAGAGGAGUUGGAACAGAAACCGCUGGACGGAGAUCUGAACAGUCUGAAGGAGAAGUACCAGAGAGAUCUGGACAGUCUCAAGGCGACAUGUGAGCGUGGAUUCACAGCGAUGGAGGAAACUCAUCAGAAGGUGAUUGAGGACAUCCAGAGACAACACCAGCGAGAGAUCCAGAAACUCCUGGAGGAGAAGGAAAGACUGCUGGAGGAAGAAACUAACGCCACUAUUGCUGCGAUCGAGGCCAUGAAAAACGCUCAUCGAGAGGAACUGGAGAAAUCCCAUCGGGCACAGAUGAGCGGAGUGAGCGCAGACAUCCAGGAGCUGCGCAGACAGUACGAAGAGGAGCUGCAUUCCAUCCACCGUGAGCUGGAGGUUCUGUCUGAGCAAUACUCACAGAAGUGUUUAGAGAACGCACACCUGGCACAAGCACUGGAGGCCGAGAGACAAGCGCUGGGACAGUGCCAGAGAGAGAACCACAAACUACACACACACAACCAGGAAUUAAAUCAUCGUCUAAAUGAGGAAAUCACUCGCAUGCACUCCUGCAUGACUGAAGACAAAUCCUCCUCCUCUCUUACUUACGGCCGAGACGUCUAUGAACUGGAGGUUUUACUGCGUGUGAAGGAGUCUGAGAUACAGUACCUCAAACAAGAGAUCAACUCUCUUAAAGAUGAGCUGCAGUCUGCACUACGAGAUAAGAAAUAUGCCUCAGAUAAGUACAAAGACAUUUACACAGAGCUGAGUAUUGUGAAAGCUAAAGCCGACUGUGACAUCAACAAACUGAGAGAGAAACUUCUGGCUGCUACAGAGGCGCUCGGGGAGUUAGACACACAGGGAGCUGCUGUCACUGCUGGAUACGAUAUUAUGAAGUCCAAGAGUAACCCUGAUUUCCUGAAGAAAGGAAUGUCUAGACCGUUACAUGGAGUCAGGUCAAAGAGUUUGAAAGAGGGACUAACGGUACAGGAGCGAAUGAAACUCUUUGAAGCUAAAGACUCCAGGAAGAUUUAACACUCUUUCUUCUUUUCUCACUAUGUGUUAUUCCGUAUUCUAGCUCUUUUUAUGUUUUGGGUUUAGUUUGGUAGAUACAGUAACAGCAAGGUCAAACUUUUGUUUGUGUUUUAAUGUUGAUUAUGUGAAUUAAGGGAAUGCCAUGUUUUAAUAUUACACGGGAUAUUUUUGCCAACCUUUAACUCUAAUGAACCUCAUAUUCUAGAUGUUUUCUUUUGGUGUCUGAAUGACGAUCAGAAUAUAUUCAACACUCAGUAUUGACACUAGCUGUAUGUGUACAGUAUAUUUCAUCUAAGAACCGGCUGCUUAAGUAUUCUGGUGUGGUUUUUAUGAGCAUUCUGAAAGAAUAAUUAUUGAAUUAUUAAUUGUGAGAGAUGUUAUUUUGCCAAUGAUAUUGUAAAUAUGAGUAAAGUUGUGUGUGGGUGAAGGUGAUAAUGUUUCUGACUUUAUAGUACUGUAGCUUCAUUGAGGUGAAAUGAUUUGGUUUAUAUAAGCUGGCUGAUCUGAAAACAGUGAGUGUGAGUUUUGUAGAGUGUUUUUUUUGGUGAUUUGUAGAAUGUGCCAGAAUCAUUUAUUUGGGGAGAAUCAAAUGCUGUUUUUAUUUGCUUUCGUGUUGCUUCUGGUUAGAAAACCAAACUUGAUAUCAUAAAAUCGUUUGUUUGGCUACUGAUAGUGAGGUUCUUUUUUUCCUGUUAUUAGAUUUUAACAUUGGGAGUGCUUUGGUUUUUCCAGCUUUUGUGUUUGGGUUUGUAAAUUGCUCUUUAAUGGCCUUUGCAUGAAUAUGAAGCACUUUGGAAGUCGCAGUAGUUCAUUUCUGUGCUUUGAUUUUGAAACAUGUGAUUUUAAUUUCAUCGUUCUGAAACACACAACAAAGAAAGCUCACUGUAUAAUAUUCAAUACUUGCUUUGUAAAUAUUUGGUUUUAGAGAAAAUGUCUUUAUUCUGUUCUCGGUCAACAUAGAGAAAAAUAAAUAUCUUUAUAUCUAUCUAUAAACGGUAUCUCAACAUCUAAUUGCCUAUCUGUAAUAUUUUUAUUUUCCUGUGUGUGAAUGUGAAAAACUGUAAUAAAAGAUGUUUUUGAUUGUGA